CUUGGGUCAUCGCGUGGACUACAUUUCCCAGCAGCAUUAGCGGCCACCUCUAACCCGCCCCCUGCCCUGCCCCUCCCGGGCCUGCGUGGGGCGCGGGGCUUUUGCCGCCGGAGUGAGCGGCUUUUGGGCCUGAGCGCGGGGGGAGUUCAGACUCGAGGCUGCUGCCCCGCAGGGGCAGUUCUGGAGCCUCUCGCCUGAGGAGCGCGGCCGGCGGAGGCACGGCCCCCGGAGCCCCCGCGGCCUGGGCGAGAUCUGCCUUCUGGAGACUGUGCCCAUCCUGGGGGAAGAGCCCAAAAAGAGGAUAUGGCUACUGAACAGGCGGAAGCAAGGUCUCAGGUGUCAGUGACGUUUGAGGAUGUGGCUGUGCUCUUUACGCGGGAUGAGUGGAGAAAGCUGCGUCCUUUUCAGAGAAACUUGUACCAGGAUGUGAUGCUGGAGACCUACAGUAACCUGGUCUCAUUGGGACUCCCAUUUUCCAAACCCAAAGUGAUCUCCCUGUUGCAGCAAGGAGAAGCGCCCUGGGAGUUGGAGGAAGGCAGUCCGGAAGGCUCCUGGCCAGAAAGUAAGAGCAGUCCUAAAAUCACAAAGUCAACUCAAACACAAGACUCAUCAUUUUGGGGGAUAAUAAGGAAAAGACUCAAAAGGUAUGAACCCUGGAACUUCUUAUCAGAAAAACCCUGCAUAUACAAAGACAAAUUAAAGAAACAGAAGUACAAAAAUGAAAGUUUACAAAUAAUUUCAAUCACUCAUACAAAAAUCUUCACUGUAGAAAGAAGCCAUAAAAUUGUUGACUUUGGCCAUAAUUUCAGCCUGAAGUCAGCCUUUGUUAAGCAACAGAGAGUUGCUAGAGAAAGUGCACCUUCAAAAUAUGAAAUACAAAGAAAUAACUUCAAGUACAAUUCAAAUUUACUUACCCAACCAAAAAUCAAGACAACAGAGAGAUGUUAUCAAUGUAAUAUAUGUGAAAAAGCCUUCAUUCACAGCUCAUCCCUUAGUAAACAUCAGAAAAACCAUACUGGAGAGAAAUUAUUUAAAUGUAAAGAAUGUGGGAAAGCCUUCAGCCAUAGUACAUCCCUUUGUAAACAUCUAAGAACCCAUACUGUAGAAAAAUCCUAUAGAUGUAAAGAAUGUGGUAAAUCCUUCAGCAGAAGGUCUGGCUUUUUUAUACACCAAAAAAUCCAUGCUCAAGAAAAUCCCCAUAAGUAUAAUCCAGGUAGGAAGGCAUCCAGUUGUAGUACACUCCUUCCUGGAUGUCAGAGAACUCAUCUCAGAAAGAAGUCCUAUUUAUGUAAUGAAUGUGGGAACGCCUUGUCUAGUUCAUCCCUUUGUUAUCAUCAGAGAAUUCACACAUGAGAGAAACCUUUUAAAUGUAGUGAAUGUGGGAGAGCCUUCAGUCAGAGUGCCUCUCUUAUUCAACAUGAAAGAAUUCACACUGAAGAAAAGCCCUAUAGAUGUAAUCAGUGUGGAAAAGGCUUCACUUAUUCACGACCUAAUAGACACCAAAUAAUUCACACUGGAGAGAACUUAUAUAAUUGUAAUGAAUGUAGUAAAGCCUUAAGUUCCCACUCGACACUUAUUAUUCAUGAGAGAAUUCAUACUGGAGAGAAACCAUGUAAAUGUAAAGUGUGUGGGAAAGCCUUCAGACAAAGUUCAGCUCUCAUUCAACAUUGGAGAAUGCAUACCGGAGUAAGACCCUAUAAAUGUAAUGAGUGUGGGAAAACAUUCAGGUGUAAUUCAUCCCGUAGUAAUCAUCAGAGAAUUCAUACUGGAGAGAAACCAUAUCGAUGUCUGGAAUGUGGGAUAUCUUUUGGCCAAAGUGUAGCUCUUAUUCAACAUUGGAGGAUUCAUACAGGAGAGAAACCCUUUAAAUGUAACACAUGUGGAAAAACUUUUAGACAAAGCUCAUCACUUAUAGCACACCAACGAAUUGCUAUUGGAGAGAAACCCUGUGAAUGUAAUGCAUGUGGGAAACUCUUCAGCCAGAGGUCAUCCCUUACUAACCAUUACAAAAUUCACAUUGAAGAGAAUCCCUUGAAAGUAGAUUUGCACGUGUGAAGGCCUUACACCAAAGCUCAUCAGAGUAUACAUGCUUAAAAUUGGUUUAAUAAAUGUAAUGAAUAUGAGAAAAGUUUCUAUUUUAAUUCCUUACUAGAUAUCAAAUUCUAAGGGUACACUUUGACUAUAUAAUAACUGUGUGGAAAACUUUCAUAACUGUCAGUCACUUUUAAAUAUCCUGAGACAAGUUACAAUUGUGAAUAUUGAUUUUUUUCCAUUUGUAAGGUAAAA